CGGGGAGGAGGGGUCAAGGGUCGCGGCGCGGCGGGAGGAAGCGUGGGCCGCCAUUUUGUUUCCUCGCUGCUGUUCCUUGUGGGGACGGAGCCGGCGACAUGGCGUACCGCGGGCAGGCUCAGAAAGUGCAGAAAGUGAUGGUGCAGCCCAUCAAUCUUAUUUUCAGAUAUCUUCAAAAUCGAUCCAGGAUCCAAGUAUGGUUAUAUGAGCAGGUCAACAUGAGGAUAGAAGGCUGUAUAAUUGGAUUUGAUGAAUAUAUGAACCUUGUUUUGGAUGAUGCAGAGGAAAUUCAUAUGAAAUCAAAAUCAAGAAAACCAUUGGGCCGUGUUAUGCUGAAAGGGGACAACAUCACCUUACUACAGAGUGUCCACAGUUAAGAAUGGAUUCACUGGGACUUCAUUACCCAUACACUAUAUAGCAAAUUGCUAACUGUUGUUUUGAUAAGCAUUUCGGAUACUGGUGUUAGUAAAUAGAUUAAGUUGUGAUGUGUUUUUGUACCUAGCUACGGUGAUUUUCUGAAAUAAAAGUCUUAUAACCAUC